CUCAGGUUUAUAAUUGUCAUAUUAAUUACCAUACUCAAGCAAGCGUGAUUGUGCCCCCUGUUGUCUCCUCAAUGUCUCUUAUCAACUCAUAGACGAGUGUGACAAGUCCACAUUCUGUACUCGGAUCGGCGGCGAACAGCAUGCCUACCCAUUCCUUCUCCAGAUUGAACACCAACGACCCUGAAUCCCCCCCUUUUGCAAAUUGCUCCCCUGAAUGCAACGUCUUGAAUUCAUAUUCACCGGAGACCAAGCCGUUAUCCCACGCGAUAUCCCGUCGAAUCAGAUUGAACUCUGCAGCAGUGCAGUUUUGACCCGCACAGCCAUCCGAGAGACCGCUUGAUUAUAGGAGACUAAGUAGUCUACCAAUGGUUCCGUCGAAUGGGUCAUCGAUUGCGCCAGCACUAUGUACAGAUGCGGCGGGAACUCUUGGCCCUGUGGUGAACUAUAGUGCCGCUGGAGAGGAGGAAGUGAAAAAGUGCUUCCUUAGAUGCCAUCAUGUGGUAGCGCCUGGCGAUUCAGCUGGGAAAGAGAGGAAUGACACGCAUGGUAUUGGCAUAAACGGGAGGGAGGUUUACUAAAAUCGACAUUGACUACCCCGCCAAAUACGAUUCUGAGGAGACGAGGAUUAAGAUGGCUCGAAUCGAAAAAGAGGAAGGAACAAAGGGAGAUGUUGAGAUCAUUGAACGCCUUGACGAAAUUGCCGCUCAAGGGCCUAUUGGCCAGGUCAAGUUUGCGUCAGGGUAUCGGCUUCUUGAAAAUCGUCGAAGAAUGGACUGGGCAUUGGUGGAACUCGAUCCGACACUCCCAGUGCAAAACCUCUUGCCAAUGGAGACUCAGUUUAGUGAAGAGUGUUUCCAUGGGGUUCCUGAAAACCGGAGUCGCUUCCCACCGGCUAGCGUAGGCACGGAGGCAGUCAAGCAAGAAUGCUGCGCCGCGCCGCGCUGCGGGGGUAAGAAUAAGAGUCAUACAUCCCCCGCGAUGAAAGGCGUGCGUGAAGCAUUUGAGGUUCAGAUAUGGUAUUCUAGAUUCCAGUACUUCAAAACUAACGAUUGA